GAUUUCUCAAAUUUGUGCUUAACUAAAACAUCAACCCCACCCGUCCUCAUUACGUAAAAAUAGAAGCUUAGUAUCGGAGCUUUUGUAUCGAGUCAUAAUGCUCUGCUCAAAAUGAAGAUGAAAAUUCAAACGCCGACCACCUCCGAACUGAUGACACAAGAAAUCAGAAAAGCUGGAUCGGUUUUUGGAUCAAGUGGGGGCGGCAGUUCCCAUCCGCCUCUAUUUGAUUCGCCGUCCAAGCGUGGAAUACACCACACAAUUGCCACAUUCAUCCCCACAGAGCAGCGCUUUCGAUGGCAAUCAGGUGCAGCAAGUUCGGAGGUCUUCUACGAUAUUCCAACCAGCAUUGGGUCUAGUUCAAUGAAGAGUUUUGGAAACAGCUCGCGCGAAGAUUGGGAUUCUACUCGAAAGAGAGCUAAUCCGGGCGCAGGACCGGGCUCUUACGAACCGGCCAUGUCAUGUGGCAAGCAAGUGAGCUCAGAAAGUCGAUCGGCUGCUUCCUCUAUUUUCAGUAAUGCCUCACGCGCGUCUUUGCGGGAUAAUUCGACGCCAUCCCCGGGUCCAAUCUAUAACUUGCCACCUGUUAUGGGCCAAGAUUCCUCUGCACCAAGACAAGGAACUGCACUUCGUUUACCACUUUAUGCCAAGACCAUUGGCCCAGGACCGAAUUUGAUGCUGAAAAGCUCGUUUAAAGAGUAUCGUCAAAACGUAUCAUCAACCUUCGGGACUGACGUACGUCUUAGACCUCCCAGCUCGCAGCAAACUCCGGGUUUCAUUUACGACCUUCGAUCUACAGGCUUUCAUUCAGGUCCUUGCUGUUCGUUCAGCCACGCCAAAAGAUUCUAAGCUGCAAUCUAUAAACUAUAAGUAUAUUACUAAUAUGACUUUUCUUUCGCCGAUUCUUUAUCUGGUGAGUCUUUCAUUACUGUCUCCUAUGCGGACGAGAGUUGCUAUUACCAGAAAAUUCCUCAACAACAAUCUUCGUGAAUCGACAGAUGGCAA